GUUGUACUCAUGUAGGCUGCAAUAAUCUGAACCACGAAUCAACAGUUAACUCAAAUCCAGGGGCUGCUCGCUCCAUUUUGUUUAUUUGAUUAUUCUUAUCAUGAAAGGUUGGAGUAGAUUUAUCAAGUAGGCCAGUACAACAAUUGCUUUUCAUACUUUAAUUAAACUUCGAUGGUCAUGCUUUUAUAUUUUGUCACACUUUGCACGCACGACUAAAAACCUUUCAGUUGCUGUAGGACUACAAAAGAAGUCGUCUAUCGAGCCACGCUUGAGACAUUUCUCCACUGCGGUCGGAGCGUCAGGCCUGCCGGGAUGAAGCGCGUCAGGGUUGUGGUGGUGGGAGCAGGUGUGGUUGGCUUCUCCACGGCCGUCUGCAUCGCGGAGGCUCUUCCCUUCUGCUCCGUCACCCUGCUGGCUGACGAGUUCAGCCCAAACACCACCAGCGAUGGAGCUGCUGGGAUCCUGUUUGCAACAGAGUUUCCAGAUAUUCCCUUGGAAAAACAAAAACGCUGGUUCGCGGACAGCUUUGAUCACCUGUUGGCCGUUGCUCAAUCCCAACACUCACCUGAGGCUGGAGUAAUGCUGAGCUCUGGCUGGCAAAUUUUCAAGGAGGUUCCAGCCAAUAAGAAGCCCUUCUGGUCAGAGUCUGUGAUUGGCUUUCGAUUCAUGACUGACCGCGAACUGAAAAGGUUUCCGGAUCACAAGUUCGGUCAGGCGUUCACCACCAUCAAAUGUGAAUGUUCCAGCUACCUGCCGUGGCUUGAGAAGAGGUUCAGAAGAGCUGGAGGCUUAGUGGAACAGAGGAAGAUCAGCAGUCUGGAGGAACUGAGCAACAGCUACGACAUCAUCGUCAACUGCUCCGGUCUGGGCGCCAAAGCACUGGUGGGUGACGACAAGGUGUACCCGGUCAGAGGCCAGGUCCUCAAGGUGGAGGCCCCCUGGCUGCAGCACUUCAUCAGAGACAGCGAUGGGAAGACGUACAUCUACCCCGGCAUACACAGCGUCACCGUGGGCGGCACGAGGCAGGAGGACGACUGGCGGCUACAAGUGGACGAAGGAGACACGGAGAGCAUCCUGAUGCGCGGCGGCAGGCUGGAGCCGUCGCUCAGCAAGGCCAAAGUGCUCAGCAAGUGGGUCGGUCUGAGGCCCAGCAGGAGGAACCCGAGGGUGGAGCGGGAGCUGGUGGAGCUGCAGGGUCGCAGGGUGCCUGUGGUCCACAACUAUGGCCACGGAGGCUGGGGGGUCACCCUGGCCUGGGGUACCGGCCUGGACGCACUGGGGCUGGUCAGGCAGUGCCUUCAUGAGAUGCCGCUACAGGCUAAGCUAUAAAGUCAGUCUGCCACUAAAUCCUCCUUUUGGUGACUUUAAUGAGACACGCUGACGGGGAGACUGAAAUCACUACCAAUAAAUCUAAACUUUAAGUAAAAAUCUAAGAAUUUG